AUGUCCGAACUGUGCUGCCCCUUAGGUGGUGGUAGUGGUGGUGAUGACGAUGAUGCUAAUAGGUCGCCUGGCAGCUGCGGUCUCGUUUGCUAUAAGCCUCAUAAAGCCAAGCAUGAUGAAGAGAAAGAAUCACAAUCGACGGCGGCGGCAGAGGCUUCAUCCGUCGCUGCCCCCGAGCAGUCGUCAAACAGUGAUUCUCAAGUAGUGGAUACCUCGAUGGACAUGUCCACCACUUCAGCUCCCACAUCCGUUCCCCAACUUUCUUCAUCAGAUACUCCCCAAAAGUCAUCGUCGGCGUCAGAUUUCGAUUCUCUUCUUGCCAAUGGCCCUCUUAUCCACGCUAUGCGAAAUAAUCAAAACCUCAAGGCUAGACUCCUUGAUAUCUACAAUAGCACGCAAAAGGCGGCCUUUGAAGCCGAAAACGCGAGGUUGGUUGCUCAGAAUGCCCAAUUCUCCCGUCGUGGAAGAGGACGUGGCGGACGUCGCGGUUUCUUCCGACAGCCCCAAGAUUGGACUGUUGAGAGAGGCAUGAACCGAGGAUUGAGAAAGAUCCAAGCCAUGAGGAAGGGAGGGAAAGACGAGAACGUCGAUAUCGAAGAGUGGAGCCGCGCUGUGCUCUCGAUCCUUGAAGGCGAUUCCUAA